AUGCCUGAACGGAUAACAACUCCACCAACCCGGUCGCGGUCGAUUCGAGCACAUUCACCCGAAGUAUCUUCCUCUUCGGAAGAAGAAGACGAACACGCACCUGUGCCUUGGCAUAGAGACGAACUUGAAUUAAUACUAUUCAAAUUCGACAGAUUCAUAUUGUCAUCUAGACCUCCUCUUGCGCCAUUCCCUCGCGGCUCACCACCCGAACGACUGUGUCAUCGAGUGGCUAAAUCGAUACUGCGGGAAUAUGAUAACUGGCGACACUCAAUUCAAGAAACAGCGAAAAUGCUGAGGAGGGAGAUACAUAGGCGCGACGCUCCUCCACGUACGAAUCUUGCAGGUCUUCAUCGUCCACCACGAUUUCAUCCUUUUCGUGCUGUAGCUACUGGUGGUCCUACAGUCAUCGGUAUCACCGACCAUAAUACUACCGAGCAAGUGCUUCUCAUCUUUAGUGAACAUUCGCAAAACUGGCCGAGAAGCUUUGAGUUUCGUGGCAAGUUACUACCCAAGAAACGUCUACCGGAACCAGAAGUUCUAAAUUCGCAGCAACGAUGUCUGCCAUCCAUUUCGUGCAACAAGACCGUAAACUAUACCGGCGUGCAAGACGAUUUCGCCGAUAGUAAAGAUAUUUGGAUCGUUCGUCUGCAACUGGUCGUCAACGAAAUACCGCCACGUGGAUGGACCGAAAUUCCCAAUGCUUUGGCAAGUUCGUCACGUGGACAAAUACCCGCAGCAACGAAAACUAUUAUAUCUCGUAGAGCAGACCUUUCACAGCUCCGUCUCCAUCAAGAACUUCUUCGGCCCAAGUCUAACAAUGCCUUGGCGGCUUCAAGACCGCCACCAAUAACAGCACCGCGUUGUACCUUGCAAUUAUGUCGUCUAGAUCGUCUAUCGUGCGAUAUGCAAAACAUUCCUUCGCGUUGA